AUGACCAAAGCUGCCGGUGAUAUCUCCAGUGUCUUCCCGAGCCUGCGACCUGACUAUAAGCCUGAGCCGUUGCCUUCGCGGUUCAAGGAUCUGAAAUUGCAAUACUUCCAGGCGAAUGAAGAGGCACUGAAGCAAAGCUGGGAGAGACUCCUUCCCAGCUUAGAGGAGGAAGUCCAUCAGAUCAAGUCGAAAGGCAGCGACAUCAUACCGUCGGUGAGAUAUUCCGACGUGGUUAAUGGCACGGUUCCGGACCAUGUCCUUGCAGAGAUCCGUCACCGAGGUUCCGUGGUGGUUAGGAACGUACUGCCUGGACGACAAGCUCUAGACCUAAAGGAGAGGAUCAAGGACUAUGCUGCUGCCAACAAGGACUGCGUCAAGGCCUUCCCACCCGACUCGCCCGCAGUAUACGAGCUUUACUGGACUCCGUCACAGGCAGAGGCUCGGGCACACCCGAACCUGCUCGAUACACAGCGCUUUUUGCAACGUCUGUGGCAUUCAUCGGAUCCCAACACGCCUAUCUCCACAAGGAACCCCUUGACCUAUGCAGACCGACUUCGAAUCAGACAGCCCGGUGAUGCUAAGUUCGCCCUCGGUCCUCAUAUAGACGGCGGCUCGCUCGAGCGUUGGGAGGAUCCCGAAUAUUCUAGGGUCUAUUCUAAGAUUCUCGAGGGCAAGUGGGAACAAUAUGACCCUUGGGAUGCGAAGCAUCGUGUCUCAGCCAAGAUGGACUUGUACAACGGAGCCGGUGCGUGCUCGAUGUUGCGAUUCUUCCAAGGGUGGCUGUCCAUGUCGAACACGGCUCCUGGGGAAGGCUCACUGCACGUGUGCCCCAUGAUCACCCACAGCACAGCCUAUACUAUCCUCCGGCCGUUCUUCGACACGCAAACCCUGCAGCCGGCGCUGGACAACACUUUCCCUGGCUCCGUACCCGGUGCCUGUCAGGAGUACAACCCGGUUACUCACCCACACCUGGAACUGGAAGCCACGAUGGUCUCCGUUCCUGAAGUCGAGCCAGGGGACUAUGUCGCCUGGCACUGUGACUCCUUGCACUCCGUGGAUAAAGAACAUCGAGGCAAGGGAGACUCCAGCGUACUCUACAUUCCUGCCACUCCCAUGUGUGACAUGAAUGUGGACUAUCUGCUCAAGCAACGUCAGGCGGCGCUUGCUUACUCCCCGCCAUGGGAUUUCCCUGGCGCCGGUGGCCCCGGGGAAAUCGGCUUUCAGGGAGCCUUGGAGUGGAAUACCGUCAGCCCAGAUGGCCUGCGCGCCAUGGGUAUGGGCAAUUCCCCGUGGAAGAUUGCCGAAGAUAUGAGCGAGGGCGAGAAGGCAGUUGUCAAAGCUGCGAACAAGGCAUGCUUUGGUCAAGCUUGA